GUUUCAUAUCCUGCUUUGCUUCCUAAUGUUUUGCUACUCUAGAUACUUAAAUGUUGCUUAUUAGGCCCUAAAUGAUGUGUUCUUUUUAGAUCUUGAGUGAAGGUGACCGGGGCCAAAAUGAUUGCUGGUGGAGGCUAUUUUAAUGGUUCCCAUGAUCAUAUUCUCAUGGAAGGAUCAAUGAUCCACGAUCCUUCCCAAUCUUCCAUCUAUGACAAUACAAAUGAAGAACAACAGAACUUCAGACUCGCCCCCUUUUCCAUAGAAGACCACUCCAAUCCAGCCAAUCUUACCUCUGAGCCUGCAAGGGUGAUUGACCAUAUUAAAAACCAGCUUGGGAUUGACAUGGAGCAGGACCAUAGUGGCCACAUGAUACAAGAAGUUGCUCCAGUAGAAACUGCAAAUUUGGUUCCUUCUAUCUAUGGUGUCCACAAUCAUAUCCUCAGGAGCCAGAUAAGAGAAGGUCCGCAUAACAUAACUGUGGAACAACAGAUCCUGGACUAUGAUGCUGCAUCAUAUCAAAGUGGCACUUAUGCAACUGCACAUGAUCUUCUGAAUUCUCUACAGACCCAAAAGUGCAGUUUGAAUCCUGAAUUUCCUUCAACAGAACAUAUCUUUGGUGAUCCAGCACAAAACAUGGUCAAUCAUUUGAACAUGAACAAUGACCUUCCAGGAAUAGCAAUUCAUGAAAGUGGAAUGAUGUUCAGCGAUUCAACUCUACCAUUAGGUUAUCAAGCUACUCAAUCUCAUAUGUUGAAGGAUCUCUAUCAUUCACUGCCACAGAACUAUGGGUUAUUUACCAGUGAUGAUGAGAGAGAUGGAAUGAUCAGGGUGCCAGGGGUCUCAGGAAAUAUUUUCCAGGAGAUAGAUGAGAGGCAGUUCGAUAGUCCAAUACUGGGGAGUAGAAGACGCAAAGGUGGGUUUGGCAAGGGCAAGGGAAAAGCUAACUUUGCAACUGAAAGAGAAAGGAGGGAGCAGCUAAAUGUGAAGUAUGGGGCUUUAAGAUCACUAUUCCCAAACCCUACUAAGAAUGAUAGGGCUUCUAUAGUUGGAGAUGCCAUUGAAUACAUCAAUGAGCUUAAUAGAACAGUAAAAGAACUGAAGAUCCUAGUAGAAAAGAAGAGGAACAGCACUGACAGGAGGAAGAUGCUGAAGUUGGAUGAUGAGGCAGCUGAUGAUGGGGAAAGCUCUUCAAUGCAGCUAUUGAGUGAUGAUCAAAACAAUCAGAUGAAUGGGGCUAUAAGGAGCUCCUGGAUUCAAAGGAGGUCCAAGGAAUGUGAUGUUGAUGUCCGCAUAGUUGAUGAUGAAAUAAACAUCAAGUUCACACAGAAGAAGAGGGCCAACUCUUUACUUAGUGCUGCAAAGGUUCUAGAGGAGUUCCGUCUUGAUCUCAUCCAUGUCGUUGCGGGAAUUGUAGGAGAUCAUCAUAUAUUUAUGUUCAAUACAAAGAUACCUAAGGGCUCCUCAGUGUAUGCGUGUGCAGUGGCUAAGAAGCUCCUUGAAGCUGUGGAGAUGAAAAACCAGGCUCUUAAUAUCUUCAACUAG